CCCUCCUCAAGAUUUCAAGGCCUGCUUCAGCAGCUAGAGGCUGUGAGCAUGCGACCAUUCCCUUGGUGCCAUAGACAGUAGAGCGACGACUAGCGAAAGGUCUGAACUCGUGAAUCGGAUGUUCAAUUUUGGUCCAAUCGAUCGGCAUUCUGGCAUACGCGAACAAUAACCAGGCUGCGGCUGCGUGACCGUGAGAAGUGCAGACGUGGAAUUGGUCACUUAUUGACUGCUCCUUCAACGACAUGGUUGCUGCAGUGUUCCAGAUUUAUGGUGGCAUCCAGUGCUAUAAGUGGGGGAAAGUAGGAUCGAAGUCCGAGGUCGCCCGUUUCGCACAAGCUACACCAUCCUUUGCUCUUGAAGAAACCAAGCCUUAUGCAGAGUUGUGGAUGGGAACCCAUCCAUCUUGCCCAUCCGUCGUGGCAUCCUCCGGCGAAAAUCUCAGGACCUUUCUGACGGCGAAUCCUGGUCUACUUGGAAAACAAUCAGUUGCUCGUUACGGACCCGAUCUCCCAUUUUUGUUCAAAGUGCUAGCUAUCAACAAGGCACUAAGCAUCCAGGCUCACCCUGACAAAGUCCUCGCCGAAAGGUUGCAUCAUGUUCAUCCUGAUGUGUAUAAAGAUGCCAAUCAUAAGCCUGAAAUGGCUAUUGCCAUCACGCCAUUCACUGGCUUUUGUGGAUUCCUGCCACUCGAGGCUAUCGCGACGUAUCUUUCCGUCGUGCCGGAAGUGCGUUCCCUGAUUCCCGAGGAAAUCGUAUCCCGCUUCAUGGCGGCCGUGAACGAAGGCGGGCCUCCUGCUGUCGCUGAAGAUGCGCAAUCUGCGUUGCGAUCCGUAUUUUCUGUGCUGAUGAAGAGUGACGAAGACUCGGUGCGGGAGGUAUUGAAGACAUUGGUGGCUCGUUACAAUUCGGGGGACAUCGAUCCAGAGGAGCAGAAAAUUAAGGAUGUCGUUAUGACACUCUCCAGCCAGUAUCCUGGCGAUGUUGGCGUACUCUGUUCCUUCCUACUCAAUGUUGUAAGACUCGAACCCAGGCAGGCUAUUUUCCUCAAGGCUAACGAACCUCAUGCAUACAUUUCUGGAGAUAUUGUAGAAACAAUGGCCACAUCGGACAACGUAGUGCGGGCAGGACUCACUCCCAAAUUGCGUGACGUACCUACCCUUCUCUCCAUGCUCACAUACUCCGCCAUACCAGCUGCGGAGAGGUUGAUGGUGAAGACCCACUAUAAAAAAUUGAAACGAACCAUAGUUUACGACCCUCCUAUCGACGAAUUUUCAGUCUUAGUGACCGAAUUGGAGGUUGGAGAGGAGGAGGAACACCCUGCUAUCAACGGACCGAGUAUUUUCAUCGUCACCCAAUCUGCAGGCUUGAUUGAAUGGAAUAGCGGGCGCGAAGUCCACCACUUCAAGAACGAUGGUGAAAUAUUUUUUGUUGGUGCUGGCACAAAUAUUACGUUCAAGGCAUCAGGGCCUCUUGUAGUGUAUCGUGCCUUCGUAGAGGCGGAUUAAGUUACUCUUCAUUGAUGAUCUUAAAUGAUCCAGUAAUACGUGAGCCAUCAAGAGCAAGAAACUAGUAUUGGAUAACACAACGAUACUAUGGAAUCUUUAUC